CAAUGAUGUAAACAGGUGAAGUUUCCUUGGAGAUUGCGACCGCUGUGGACGGUUCCGUCUUGUUUUCAGUUCUUUGUUAAGGUAAUUAUUGCGUAACUGGCAUCAUGGCUGACCAAGACGAACAGCCGCCGUCUGAUGAGUUGACUGCAGAAGUCACCGAAGAUAACGCUGCAAGCCAAGAUGCACCCGAGGAGGAGAUGGCGCAAGGCGCCGAGCCCGAAAAGGAAAUGAACAUUACCAGUGAGCAGCCAACCGAUGACACGCACGAGGGACAGGAAGAGACAAAAGAUGAAGAAAUGACAGAUGAGACGGGGAAGGAGCAGACUGCAGAAGAUGCUGAUGAGGAGAAAGAAGAGGAGGCAGCUGAACAAUCUGAGGAUGUGGGAGAAAACGAGGAGCAAGAAAAAGAAGAUGGAGGAGAUGGCAAGGAAGACGGAGAGCAGUCGGCAUCCAAGAUGGCAGAGGAGGACGACGGGGAGGAGCCACAGACCAUUGCUCCACCCCCUACCGCAGAGGCAGGUGCCUCGUCGCCCCAGCUGACCAGGGAAGCCACCGAGGAGCCGAUCCAAGAAGAAUCCACCGAGGGCCUGACGGCAGACUCUGCCGUGGAACCUGCGUCUGACCAGGGUGGGGAAACGGUCAAGCCAUCAACACCCGUGGACAAACCGGCCCUCACACCACCAGUUACUGAUCGACCAAGCACAGCCAGUUCUGCAGCUUCAAAUGUUGAAGUCUCCACCAAUGCCCUAGGUUUGUGCUGGUCGUUUGGUGUCAACAAGAAUGUCCCGACAAUUAAUCUGACCAAUCAGCUUCGUCGGAUGUGUGUCUACACCACCGGACACACAGCCGUGCUGUAUAACUUUGAGAAGAACACGCAGAAAUUGCUGCAAGGACACAGCAACAACAUCACUUGCACCUGUGCUAGCCGAGACAAACGCUGGCUGGCCACCGCUGAUAAGGGACCCAACAGCAUGGUGAUCGUGUGGGACACGUACACUGGGACUCCUGUUCAGACAAUAUUUGAGGCCCACAAGGAUGGAGUGGUUGCCAUGGCAAUGACUCCGGAUGCUAAGUACAUCGUCACCAUGGGAACCAUCCCUAACCAGUCUCUCUCCAUCUGGGAUUGGACGACGGAUGGCGAGACCCCGGUCUGCUCCACCCAGCUCAGCAGCAGCUACGGCCAGCAGACGUACGUCCACUUCAAUCCGGACGACACGAGCCAGAUCGUGUCCAACAGUGACAGCCAGGUCGUAUUCUACGCAUGGAAGGGCAGUAAGAUAGAUUUUGUGGCUCCGUCGCUGACCGACCAAGAUUUCAACCGAGUGGUCGGUAAUUACAGCCAAUCCAUCUUCUGCAGCAACAGCACCCGGGCCUUCACAGCGACGUCGGUGGGCAACGUUGUGGUGUGGGACAACUGCAGGCCAAUCUCUGGACCACCUCUUUUUGAACCGUCUCCAAACAAAAAAGCCUUCAAGUUGGUCCGUGUCCAGGAGCGCGGCAUAACGGUGCUGACGACCACCGAACAAUACAUUGUGACCGGUGACGUGAAUGGUCACGUUAAGUUUUAUGAUCUCCAGUUGCGUAUGUCCAACUGGUACAAUGAGUUUGGCGUCGGACCCGUCAAUUCUGUCUCCUUUGCCUAUGUGCCAGAGUUUGUGCCCGAAUUGAAAGAGGAGAGUGAUUAUCCCCCAGAUGCCACCAUUGAAGCCAAGUCCUUCAUCACUAGGGAUUAUAUUGUCAGCACCUUCACAGCCCAGAUUGCAUUGAUUAUUGCUGACGGCACACAGGUCAAGAUGAUCCAUUCGGAACACGACGCAGCAAUUCACGCCCUUGCCACACACCCUAAUCUGUCACAAGUUGCCAUAGGCAGCUACUCGGGACUCCUCAAGGUCUGGAAUUACAAAUCAAAGACUUUGGUCAUGUCCAGAAACUUUCCCAAAGGUCACCUGAUCCGCUGUAUGGCUUUUGACCCUAAGGGAAAUUAUCUUGGCGUUGGUUUCACCAACGGCUGCGUGCGCAUCUUGGACGCCAUCUCCCUGGAGGACGAGUGCGAGGAACUUUUCCGUUACUCACGGGACGCCGUCACUCACUGCACGUUCUCUCACGAUUCCAAGUGGAUGGCUGUUGCUGAUGCUGAUCACUGCGUCACGGUUUUCAAAGCCCAACAUCCCAGCACCGGGAUGACCUGGGAUUACCUGGGUAAGCAUCGAGCUCACUACAAGCCCAUCCAGGACCUGUCCUUCGGCGUGGCUCUGGACUCUGACAUGCCCAGGCUACUCUCCGUCGGACAGGAUAGAGCGUUGAUCGAGUACGACCUCUUCAAUAGUGGCAAGGACGACCUGAAAUUGUUUGGUAUGGAACGCAUCGAGCAGAGCGGGGUGCCUCAGUGUCUGGUGUGGUACCCACCCAUCACCAAGGAACAGUUCUUCCUAACCUCAAAUGAUCAGUUUAAGUUCAAGCUUUUCAACACGACGACUAGAAUGUGCAGAAAGACAGUGCUGGGUCCUACAUAUGGCUCACCCAUUCAAAGGAUGGAAGUGCUCCCGACAAAAGAUCCCAUCCAUGACAAGCGAUACCUGGCCUUCAUAACGUCAGACAAAGUCGGAAUGCACAUCAUGCCCUUGGAUGGUAAUCCACACAACGCCAUGGCACUAAUUGCACAUCCCAGUGGAGUAACCAACCUAGCUUGCAGUUACGACGGCAAGUAUUUAUUCACUUCAGGAGGGACAGACAACUCCGUUCUUAUGUGGACCAUUAGCGUUGUGGCUUUGGAGGCAGCUGCCAAACUGGGGGGAGAAGAUCUGAUACCAUUCUACGGCCUCCUGGAAGGAGGCAGGGAGGGGGAACUCUUUAAGGAGCUAGAGAAUUACUUCUAUUACGCCCAGAUCAGAAGCCAAGGCGUGGACACCACCGACACCCGAGAGGUCUCCGUCAAGAUCCCACUCAGCGAGAUCCCGUUCGUCAUGCGAGCCAUGGGCCAUUACCCCUCCGAGCAGGAGAUCGAGGACAUGAUCAACGAGGUCAAAUUCAGCCAGUAUGUGGACACGGGGAACUUUGUCACAGAGAUCGACCUGGGGGACUUCAUCAAGUUGUAUGUUAACCAUCGCCCGGCCUUUGGUUUAUCUGAAGCCAAACUCCACUGGGCAUUUGAAGUCUUGGGCUUCGAUGAGGGGAUCAGUCAACCAGCCAUCGAGAGGGGAGAUCUACUGCACAUGCUCCAGAACAAAGGAGAACAGAUGACAGAGGCCAACGUGGCAGAGUACAUGACUACGCUUCUGGGCUUCAACCCGGAAGGGGGGAGCUCAGAGCUCGGAACGUACGACCCAACCGGUGCCGCCGACCUCCUUGAAGAGAGCCUGCCGGAGCUGAUCACGGCCGACAUGUUUGCCGGCGAGGUGCUGGGCUUUGGAGGUGUGGAGAUCAUGGAAUAGCCGUUGGCGGCCAUCACAGAUUUAAGAACCCAGCUGCAGAGAAACAGGUUUGUAAAUAGCAUGUCAGCAUUUGUAAAUACGGUGGUGUCCGAGUCCUGGUGUUUGACUUAAAAUUCAGUGCGGUCUCGUCAACAGAUCCUUGCUUCUCUUCGACUGUUUGCUCUUAAGCUGAGGAACCAAUUUUACAGAAUUGAUAAAACAAUGCUAAAAUGUCCCUGUGACAUGUUAUGAACAUUUUUGAACCGUCUUGCUGAACAGAUAAAUCAGCCAGUUUCUAAAGCGAGAAAACAAUUCUGAAAGUUACUGCCUGCUAGAAAACUCAGCGCAUUCCGUCCUGUUUUGAGGUAUGUUCUCACAGCCUUGUGUGUGUCAAACUAGCGAAAGAUGUAGGAUUCAAUAUUAAGUCCUGUCACCAAUUGGAGCCAAACUUCAGUUUUCCAGAAAUGGCAGACAAAAAGGAAAGAGACUCGAAAGCUCUGCAUUGGUAUUCGUAAGAGCAAUUUUAAAAGGGUUGGAGUGGAGUGGGUUAUCCAGCGUACAAGAAACAAAAAGUAGUUUUCAUUAUAGACUCCAAAUUGCCUACAAUCAGCAAUGGCAAAACUGAACACAGCCUCAAACUCUAUGGUCUUGGUUCUCCCUUCCUGUCAAAGAAAGAGAGAGGGAUUAACAUUGCAAACUUUGAAAGAUUUGUGUAAGAGUGUCAUUGCUGGAGUUAGAGUGUAAUCAGACACGUGGAUAUCCUUCCGCUGGGAUUGGAGAAGUUAUCAGAACAGGACCAGAGAUUUUUUCUUACCUCUUGAUGGAAUCCUCUUCUUGUGAACUGCUCCUAGUAAAUGGUUCAUUCGCAGGUGGAUUGAGAGAAAAGCUGACCAGAAUUUUCAGUCGGUUGAUCCUACACGGCCAAGAAGUAAGCCUCCGCGUGAAGACGUUUAUUUUGUAAAUAUCUGAAGCAUUAAAUACAGAGAGUUAUUUUGUAGAGUUCAGAAUACAAUUUUCGUUCAAGCUGUUUUAUAUUGUUUAACUAGCCUUAUUCAACGUGACUACCGUCCACGUUUCUUAUAAUUAUUACUAUUUAUGAGCUUUAAAUGAUAUGAAUGCGCGUACAAUUUUAUUUUAUUCCUCAAAGAAAUGUACAAAAUAAAGAGAUAGGUUGUUUGUAUCAGUUUUCUUGGCUUAAGAUAUUUCCAGGUAUUUUAAUCUUAUGUCGUGGGAUUUUGCUUCACAUGUAUGAGAUAUUGGGAGCCGGGAAGCCGACAGAUGAUUCUGCGGGUGUUUUAAAUUUCUGCUCAAAGGUAUUUUUCACCCACAUUGCCUCAAAUUGGCGGGAAUGAAAAGUGAUUGUUAAAACAGCGAAAAAUGGUUUCCUGGAA